ACAUGACAGCUUUCUUUUCUUCCCAUUCCCACCCUGCUAUGGUAACACUUGGAAUGCUGCGCUCUCUAAAAUGAACGACUGCCAUGUUCGGCCCUCAGUUGAAGAUGACUUUAAUGGAAGUAUAGUAGGGCCAGAUCCAUCUCCGGCUGGUCUUUAUCUGGAUCCAGCAUGUGAGCAGGACGCCGCCGAAGGAGAGCUAUGCCCAGUUUGUGGGGACAGAGUUUCAGGAUACCACUAUGGCCUGCUGACCUGUGAAAGCUGCAAGGGCUUCUUUAAACGGACAGUACAAAAUAAUAAGCACUACAUUUGUGUGGAAGAACAAAGCUGCCCCAUUGAUAAAACUCAAAGGAAGAGAUGUCCUUCCUGUCGCUUUCAGAAGUGCUUGAGUGUUGGAAUGAAACCUGAAGCCAUCAGAGCAGACCGAAUGCGAGGUGGGAGAAACAAAUUCAGCUCACUGUACAGAAGAGAUCGUCAGAUGAAGCAGCAAAAGAAAGGCCUGGACAAAGCUUUGCAAGCAGUGAAACUGGAGGAGCAGGGUGUACCAUACAACGUCCACCCUGACCCCUCAGCACUGGCAGCCAUCAGUUACAUGCCAAGAGUAACGUCCCAUCAAUGUAUGUUCCCUGCUACCGAAGAGCCUAUCCGGUGUUCAAACAACACAAGCCCCUCAGAUGUCCCAUUCUUCAUACCACCCCUAUAUGACGCACACAGCUGUCAGCAGAAAUCUGCAAGUUCUAGUCUUGUCUCUAUUCUGUCUCCUGCAUCCAUCCCAGCUAGCAUCAAUAAUUCCUCUCCCGUGUACCCUGGACCUGCUUCCAGUUUGAUUCUGGAGAUGUUAAAAUGUGAAGUAGAGGACUACAAGCUGCGUUCCAAGGUGCUCAGUCAUCUGCAGAAAGACCAAACCACCUGUGGGAAACACGACUGUCACAGCACCUUUAGAACAAUCUGUCGUGUGGCAGAGCAGACGCUCUUUGCUCUGGUGGAGUGGGCCAGAGGCUGCUGUUUCUUCAAGGAAAUUAAGGUUGAGGACCAGAUGAAGCUCUUACAGAACUGCUGGAGUGAACUUCUCGUCAUCGACCACCUCUACCGUCAGGUUACCUAUGGAAGAGAAGGGUACAUACUGCUGGUUACAGGGCAGCAGAUUGAGGUGAUGACACUUACCUCCCAGGCCAGCACGGUUUUGGCCGGUCUGGUAGCCCGGGCCCAGGGAUUGGUGGCGAAGCUAAGAGUAUUGCAGAUGGACAAACAGGAGUUUGUGUGUCUCAAGUACCUAGUACUCUUCAAUCCCGAUGCCAAGGGACUAGAGAGUUGCAGGGAAGUGUCACGAAUCCAGGAGCAGGUAAACCGGGCUCUGAUGGAUUACACCAUGCAAGGUCACCAACAGCCGACUGAAAAGUUUGGCCAAUUGCUCCUAAAACUGUCAGAGAUUCGCAUCAUCAGUUUACAGGCAGAGGACUACCUGUAUCUCCGGCACCUGCAGGGGGAUGUACCUUGCAACAGCUUGUUAAUGGAAAUGCUGCACGCAAAACAGGCCUGA